GCCAAAUUGUUAGCAUCGUCGUGUUGAAAUUGCAGCAAAAAUUUUCAUUCAUCUUCCAAUUGUCGUGUGAGCUGAACGUCUGUGCCGAUCUCUUGAAUAUUCCUGUCUGUUCAAGGCCUUGCCCUACUGAACCAAAAUGUUCGAAGCGCGACUCAACGCUAGCAGCGUCCUGAAGAAGGUGCUAGAUGCCAUCAAGGACCUGUUAAAUGAGGCCACUUUCGAUUGUAGCGAUUCCGGUAUUCAACUGCAAGCGAUGGACAACUCCCACGUUUCGCUGGUGUCGCUAUCGCUACGCUCGGAUGGAUUCGAUAAAUACCGAUGUGACAGGAACUUGUCGAUGGGCAUGAACUUGGCAAACAUGGCCAAGAUCAUGAAGUGUGCCAACAACGACGAUACAAUUACCAUGAAAGCACAAGACAAUGCCGACACCGUGACGUUCAUGUUCGAGUCACAAAACCAAGAGAAAGUAUCCGACUACGAAAUGAAGCUGAUGAACCUGGAUCAGGAACACCUGGGCAUUCCGGAAACCGAUUACGCCUGCGUCGUUCGAAUGCCCGCGAUGGAGUUUGCCCGCAUCUGCCGCGAUUUGUCGCAGUUCGGUGAAUCCGUCGUUAUCUCCUGCACCAAAGAAGGUGUGAAAUUCUCCGCUUCGGGCGAUGCAGGGUCAGCAAACAUCAAAUUGGCGCAAACCUCUUCCGUAGACAAGGAGGAUGAAUCGGUUAUCAUUGAAAUGCAGGAGCCAGUUACUCUCACUUUUGCCUGUCGCUACCUGAACUCGUUUACUAAAGCCACACCACUGUGCAACCAAGUGCAGCUGUCCAUGUCUGCGGACGUCCCGCUGGUCGUCGAGUACCGAAUCCCGGACCUGGGACACAUCCGUUACUACCUAGCCCCUAAGAUUGAGGACGAUGAGAACUAAGUUAAAUAAUAACAUUCGCCUAUAUUUUUUAACAAAAUGUCUUUCUUGUCUUGUAUUUGCGUCACGAAGACCAGUAAACUUUUAACGGAAAAACGAUAAAGUGGAAACAAGCACAGAAGCAUUUUGAAUUCAAUCAUACAGACAGGAAGUACGUUGUGGUCGUUACCGAUAAGAAUUAUACAUUAAUAAAAUUAUUGAAUCCGUUCAACACCUA